UGUGAGCUCUCUGGCCCCGCCCCCGCAGCUCAGUCAAUCCAAGCUGAAGAGAAGGAGUCCGCGGCUAAAAAUAUAAUAACACAAGAUGGCCGGUUUGCCUCGUAGGAUUAUAAAGGAGACACAGCGGUUGAUGGCAGAGCCCGUCCCCGGGAUCACGGCCACGCCUGACGACGGGAACGCACGCUACUUCCACGUGGUCAUCGCAGGCCCUCAAGACUCUCCCUUCGAGGGAGGCACAUUUAAACUUGAACUAUUUCUUCCAGAAGAGUAUCCCAUGGCAGCUCCCAAAGUGCGAUUCAUGACCAAAAUCUAUCACCCCAAUGUUGACAAACUGGGAAGAAUAUGUUUAGACAUUUUGAAAGACAAGUGGUCCCCAGCCCUGCAGAUCCGUACAGUGUUGCUAUCUAUCCAGGCGUUAUUAAGUGCUCCCAAUCCAGACGACCCCCUGGCAAACGACGUCGCAGAGCAGUGGAAGAAAAAUGAAAGCCAUGCCAUUGAGACAGCCCGAACAUGGACCAGGCUCUACGCAGGCCCCGAAGCAUAGAAGAGAGACGAGGGCGUCUGAAUGUGAUCCACACAAUGUACUCCUAUUCUGUCAACAUUUGAAUUUAAACGGACACACACACACACACACACACACACACACACACACACACACACACACACACACACACACACACACACACACACACACAAAGAGUUAAAAAAAAAGAUUAUAAGUCCACAUGUAUUUGAAAGAAAUGACAAGAUUUACUGCUGCAGACCUCUGGGUGACUUAUUUUCCUCUCUAAGACGCGUUAAAUGUGUGUUAGCCUUUUUUCUUUCUUUCUUUCUUUCUUUUCUUUUCUUUUUUUCUUUUCUCCUGUGUUGCUAUUUAAAAUGCAUGGACAGAGAAUGACACCCUCCCCACUACAGUCUUAAAAAGAAAUCACAUGCAAUAUGUUGUUCUGAUAUCUCGGCACAUGCUGGUACGUUUGCAAAACUAUACAUGCAUUAAAGCUGUCCUUCUUUUAACACACGCAUUACUUGUCAACACAUUUUGUG